AUGACAACAACAGAGCAGCUAAAGCGUGCUGAAACUAUGGAAGAGGUGCUGCAAAUCUUGAAAAUAACUGAUUAUUUACCGAAUUUCCAGAGCGCAAACAUCGUUCAGGCAUCUGCCUUAACACUGCUCAAAGAAGCCGAUUUGAAGGUAAGAAAUCGACGCGUGUGUAGUACAAGCUGUGCUAUAGAGGUAGAUUUUGCUGUUCCCACGGAAAAGUAA